AUGUCAAUCCUUGGAAGGGUGGACAAGCUCCUCAAAGUUAAAGGAACUGAUCCUUUACCCGGUCAAUCAAUAGCCGAAAGCUUUCUAAAUAAUAAAGAUUUACGUCCUGUCGAGCCAGAAAGAAGAACUUGGUCAUCAUGGUCUUUCGUCUUUUUUUGGGUCGCCGACGGUUUGAAUUUGAGCACUUUCUACCUGGCAAGUAGUGCUUUUUCACUUGGAUUAUCUUGGUAUGCUGCUUGGAUAGCCGUUAUUCUAGGUUAUACAAUCGUUUCUUUCGUUAUCGUCAUUACCGCGCGCAUUGCCGCCAUUUAUCAUAUUUCGUUCCCCAUCCUCGCGCGAUCUUCGUUUGGUGUCUGGGGUGCGAUCUGGCCAACGAUCAACAGAUCAGCUAUGGCCUGCAUUUGGUACGGAGUUCAAUCGUAUAUAGGAGCCCAGUGUGUUACUCUUUUGCUAAGAAGUUUGGCUCCAAAAUACAUCCAAAUGCAUAAUUCCCUUCCUGCCUCAGCCGGACUCACGACCGCCGAUUUCGUUUCAUUCUUUUUGUUCAGUUUGAUCUCUUUACCAAUCAUUUACAUCAAGCCCGAGAAGAUUCGAUGGUUCUUCAUGGUUAAAGCAGUCAUUGUUCCAAUUGCUGCUUUUGCCUUCUUCGGAUGGUCAAUAGCUUCUGCGAAUGGACUCGGACCAAUUGUGCAUACACCCGCAACCGUCUCCGGUUCGGUAUUUGGAUGGGGAUUUGUAUCAAGUGUAAUGAGCUGCAUCUCAAACAUGGCAACCCUGGCUGUCAAUAUUCCCGAUGUGGCCCGCUUAGCGAAAUCGAAACGAAGCGUUACCUGGUCACAAUUGCUUGCCAUUCCUUUCACUUUCAGCAUCACAUCUUUCCUCGGAAUCAUUAUUGCCUCAUCAUCACAAGUCAUUUACGGUGAAUUGAUUUGGGACCCUGUACAGAACUUGGGUGAACGUUUGAAUCGCAACCCAUACGGAUCAGCAGAUCGAGCAGGUGUUUUCUUCAUCUCCUUCGCUUUCAUCAUCGGUCAAAUUGGUACAAAUGUUGCCGCAAAUUCUCUUUCGGCCGGUCACGAUUUAGCAGCCAUCAUGCCACGUUACAUUACCAUUCGCAGAGGUUCAUUCGUAGCUGCUGCAGUCGGUUUUGCCAUGUGUCCUUGGAAUUUACUCAAAUCUUCAAAUUCUUUCACAACUUAUCUCUCGGCCUAUUCGUUAUUCUUGAGUUCAAUCUCUGGUACUAUGUUGUGCGAUUACUACAUCGUCCGCCGUGGCGUUUUGCAAGUCGAAUCUCUCUACACAUGCAAACCUGAUCAACCGUACAGAUACCUUGGAGGUUUUAAUUUACGUGCCUUUGCUGCUUACAUUUCCGGUAUCGCAAUGACAGUGACCGGAUUUGCUGGCAUUUUAGGAGCAAACGUUUCUUCAACCGCUCAACACAUGUACACUUUGGCAUAUCCGAUUGGAUUUUUGACCAGUGGUUUGGUUUAUUUGAUUUUAUGCACAAUUUUCCCAAUUCCUGGUUCUUAUGAUGUACGAAAAUCCGGUAAAACAUUUAACGAACCACAAUCUUGGGAAUCCGAUUCUUGGUUCCCUGAAGUGGAUGUUUCUCAUCAUCGUCAAACAUUGUCGGGAAACAUCACCCCAAGCACCGAAAAAGAUGGCUCUUUGACGGAAAAGGCUGAUAUCCGUGAAGAAGAGUAUCGUUAG